AUGGAAAAUGUACUGUCGAGGAAAUUAAAACCAGAAGAGACUAUAGAUUGUACAAGCAUGGUGUACCGAUUGCUUUCUACGACAGGAUCCUGUCUGCUGAAAUUUGGCCGGAUAACGCCCAAAUUAAACCUUGGUUUUCCUUUCCUACAACAAGUCAUGGAAGGCAAAAACAAUAAUCAUGCAACUAUCUCUGCAAGGUUUGGAUCGAACUCACCGAGAUCCUUUAACAGUAAAGCGGUACUAAACAUCUUUUAUCAAAACGUCGGUGGUAUUAAAACGAAACUGCAUACAUGGAAAACCAAUCUACUAAUCCUAGAGUAUACCAUCGUCGCUGCGACUGAAACUUUCCUAGAUUCAUCCGUGGAAGACGCUGAGGUUGUAUGCGGUGGAUGGAGUCUCAUACGGCGUGAUAGAAGAACUUAUGGAGGAGGGGUAUUGCUUUCCACUAAACCUAGUAUCACGCCUGUUAGACAACAUAAUUUAGAAACCCUUAAUGGCGAAGACGUCUGGAUUAAAUUUAAUUUUCAUGGCAUCAAUGUAAAUGUCUGCGUCGUAUACAUACCACCCAGUGCUACGGAUGCGGUCUAUUUUGAUUGGUUGAAAGCUUUAUAA